AUGGAGACCUACUCUCGUAGAUGGUAUCAUUUAUCUCGAGGCGAGAAAAUUGUUGUGGACAUGAUCUUUACCCAAUCUGGGUUCAAGAAGAGAUACAAUUUUCUUUGUGAGAAUAAUCUUCCUACUGAGAAGAGGUACUUAAGGAAAUUCAGAAAGUACAGCGAACUAAGGAAAUUGAUGAAGAAAUCAAAUGACUCAGAAGCUAUUAACGGACUGAAAGAUCAGAUAGCUUGGAUUGACAAACAACUGAAGUCUGCAUCAACAAAACGUACUGACAGAGAGAUACUAGCUGUGCACAAGAAAGAGAGAGAUGCAGCAAAGCAAGGGAAACAACCAUUCUAUUUGAAGAAAUGUAGUGCUCUCUCUGAAAUCCGGAAGCAAAAGCUUAUAGAGAAAUACAAUGAACUCAAGGUAUAUAUUUGCAUACAUCUGGAAAGUUUGAGUCCUUUUAUUGAGAAAAGGAGAAGGAAGAACGCUGCAAAGGACCACUGA